CGUACGUGUGUGUCUGUCUCAGUUAAUCGGAAGAUGGCGGAAGCUCCCACAAGACCAGGUCGGUUUUUCUGUCACCGCUGCUCGGCGGAGAUCAGCCCGCAUCUCCCGGAUUACACCUGCCCGAGGUGUGAGUCUGGGUUUAUCGAAGAAUUACCUGAAGAGAGAAGCACUGAAAAUGGUUCCACCUCUUCAGCCUCUACCAGUGAUCAAAACCGACACCAGUUUGAGACCCUGGACCAGCACAUGUUCACCUUUCCCCCCGGCUAUGGGCAGUUUGCGCUGGGGAUUUUUGACGAGAACUUUGAGUUCGGUUCAGGGCCGCCCUCGGAAGACAACAGGGAGACGGAGAACCGCAGGGAGAGGGAGUUGGCGUCGAGGCAGCGUUAUGGUGCCAGGCAACCCAGGGCGCGGCACAUGGCAAGACGGCAGACAGGGAGGCACGAGGGGGUUCCCACUUUAGAAGGAAUUAUCCAGCAGUUAGUGAAUGGAAUUAUAGCACCUACAGCCAUUCCAAACAUAGGACUGGGACCCUGGGGUAUGUUGCACUCAAACCCAAUGGACUAUGCAUGGGGGGUGAAUGGACUUGAUGCAGUUAUAACACAGUUAUUAAAUCAGUUUGAAAACACCGGCCCCCCUCCAGCAGACAGAGAUAAAAUUAAGAGCCUCCCCACAGUGCAGGUUACAGAAGAACAUGUAGGUUCAGGUCUAGAAUGUCCUGUCUGUAAAGAAGAUUACACCGCAGGAGAAAGUGUAAGGCAGCUCCCGUGCAAUCACAUGUUUCACAAUGAUUGUAUAGUACCUUGGCUUGAACAGCACGACACGUGUCCAGUUUGCAGGAAAAGUUUAAGUGGACAGAACACAGCUACGAAUCCGCCUGGGUUAUCUGGGAUGAAUUUCUCCUCAUCCUCCUCAUCAUCCUCCUCCUCUUCCUCCAGUUCUCCCGGCAACGAGAACAUGACGAAUAACUCCUAAAGCCCCUUCCACACUCUCUGACUGAGCCAGGAGAAUGCGAAUGACAUCAACCACCCACCCAACCAACCACCCAACCAACCACCCACCCAACCAGCCACCCACCCAACCACCCACCUCAUUCAGGAGGCUGUCGGAGGGGAAUGACGAGAAUAAAAAAAAUACUGAUCUCAAGAACCUUGCAACGUUUUUCAGUUCCACGCAUAAGCAAGUAUGGUAUCCCUUUUAUAGACCCAUCAAAUGACAAAUGCAGAACCUGCCUACAUCUGGACCAAACUGAAAGGGCAUGCCUAAAAUGGAAAUGUGGCAAUUGGCCCUCAAGAAAUUACACACACACACACACACACACACACACACAUACACACACACACACAUCCUUGGGUUGGUGUUUAUUGGCUGACGGGGUGGGAAUAGACCCCUUUUAAAAAAAAAAAAAAAAAAAAAAAAAAAAAUUCUGUAUUCUGUUCAGCCAAAGGAACAAGGAAACUGAACAAACAUGUGGAAUUGAUUUAAGAAUUCAGUGAAAAAAAUGCACUUGGAUAAAAGUUUUUUUUCAUCUCUUUAUAUGUACUCGAGUAGGGAAAGAUUUAUUAGGUCCAGUUAAAACCCCAAUUAAAAAACAAGCAAAAUGUGUUCGGACACACUAAAGAUGGACUGCUCUUCAAGAGAUGAUAAAAACCAGCCAGGUUAAUCCAUGAGGUUGCCUGAGCUUCUAGCAACAGAAUAAACAAAAUAUGUAUAUAUAAUCUCACAACUGUCUGCAUCUCUCAAGAUAGGCAUCCUGCAACAGUGGAGAGGAAGAGAGGGAGAGAGAGUCACUUCUUUCUGAAACUGAACAAAGAACAGCCAACUACGUUUACAUCCUUGUGCUUCUUUUUCUUAGAAGCUGUCAGACUGCAAGCGCUUUGCAUCUGUGAAAAUGCUUUUAAUCAAGCAGACCAGCGACUCGGCCGGUGCGUUCAGCCGGCACGCUGGCGAAGGUACCAGCCGAAAUGUUUGUCUACUUGGCUCCGACUGGCAGGCAAAGGGAUGCUUAUUUCCAUCCCUGCAGGAAUGCAUUUGCCUUCCGCUGAGAGGCUUUCUUCCAACAAACCCGCGUCUACAAGCUGGUUUUAAAAAACAACGCACAGUCCGAAAGAAACAUGCUUGCAGCACAUGCUGGAAUUGAGCUCUGCCACUGGCCUGGGGUAUGGCAGCUAUUUGAUUCCAAUGAGUUUGAGGUCCAGAGUGGCAGCUGUGAUGUUUGCACAUCCUGUUCUGAUUUCAGUCCUGUAAAUCGACAGUGCUCCUGGGUUUUUCAGUGGACUGGUAUGUUUAAUAAAUCACCUUGUGUAUUUGUAUGGCCGUUGCCUUACCGGCAACGCACAAGUACAGCACAUUGAAUUAAAUAUCAAAUCAAAUAAAACUAGAAACAAUGACAGCCUGUGUUCUGUACACAUAGUUUCUUAAUCUCUGCUGAACAGUGCUGUCGGGAGGCAAUGGGAAGGUGAUUGAAGGUUUUUUUUCAAGGUGGUUGUUUUAGUGUUUCAAGUUUUUUUUCAGCCAACCUAGUUUUACUACUUUUAAAUCAUCUUUACCCAAUGCCACAAAAUAUGAGACCCUUUACAGGCAUGGCAAUGAGACUCCUAUUGCAUGGCAGUUUCAUUCCGGGUUUUACUAUGGGAUUGAUUAUUCGCAGUGUACAGCUAACAGGCUCAGGCGUGUAUUAAACUCAUAGUAAAACCAUGAAAUGAUCAGACUGCUAUGCAGCGGGAGUCUUGUUUCCAUCCCUCUUGCUAGAAUGCAUUUAUAAAUCUCAGAGGGAUUCGUGCAUGGGAUCUCAUGUAUAAUUGCCUCCUUGGCUCGCUGCUAAAGCCUGAUUACCGACGAAAGGAACUCGCAAUUAAUUUUUGCCGAAAUUGUUUGUUUUCACGUUGGUUUGAGGAGACAAUGUGAGUAUGUGUGCGUCUGUCCUUUUAAUUUCCUUUGAGGUGUAAUUAAAAAGUAACUUAUUUC